AUGUCUUUCUCACCUUCUUCUAUCCUUGUGACAGGAGCCAACGGAUACUUUGGUUUACAUGUCGUUGAUCAACUACUAAAGCAUGACAGAACGGUUUAUGCGACAGUACGCUCCGAGAAGGCCGCUGAAACGGUCCGCACAAGCUUUUCGGCAUAUAUCAAGUCUGAUCAGCUCCGCAUCGUCUUCGUUGAAGACCUGACCCAGCCAGAAUGUUUCCAACACGCAUUCAACGAAACCAUUACUAGUGUCGUUCAUGUGGCGAGCCCUUGUCCGAUGGGCAAGAAUAUUCAAGACAACAUUCGCGAGAUACUCAGCCCCGCUAUCGCCGGCACCACAGCUGUGCUAGAAGCAGCCAAAAAGUAUGCGUCUUCCUCGUUCCGUAGGGUUGUGCAGAUAUCUUCUUUCUCUGCCAUGCUCGACCUCUCUAGAGGCCCUCGCCCUGGGUAUACUUACACUGAAGCCGACUGGAACCCAGUGACGUACGAAGAAGCCGCGAAGGAGCAGGACCCAAUAGUCUUGUACAUAGCGUCUAAAGCGCUGUCUGAGAAAGCUGUAUGGGAGUGGAUGUCAGCAAAUAAGCCACACUUCGAUACUGUGUGCUUAUGUCCAUCAACAAUCUUCGGUCCUCACAUCGAGGCUAUCGACUCAAUGACUCGCCUGCACUCAACGGCUUCCCUGCUCUGGGGCUUAGUCGACGCUCCUCAAGUUCCACGUCUUGACUUUGCUGGUGCUAUCGACGUACGCGACGCUGCCCUGAUGGUCGUAUCUGCUGUUGACACGCCAGAUGCCAGUGGUAAGAGAUUUCUUCUGGCUGAGCAUUUCGACUGGCAGAGUGCCGCAGACGCGGCCAGAUCAAGCCUGGCCCAAGAGGCUCGUUGCAGGAUUCCCAUAGGCACACCUGGUUCUGGCAAGGACGAGGCACUCAACAAUCUAUAUACUGUCGAUGGGUCUAAAGCAGUGGAGGUCCUUAGGGUCAGAUACAGACCAUUGGCUGAGACGGUGAUAGACACCCUGAAGCAAUUUCUUGAGGUGGAGGCGAGGGAGAGGGAGUCUUCAGCUUAA